AUGUCACUUACAGUGCUGGCAUUCGCUGUCACGGUCUCAAUCACAGGCUUGCGCCUCCCUCAUCCCGCGGGUCAAGAUACCAAAUCACGGGCUGCGCGUGGCGGCAACGGGACACAAGUCACAGUCAUCAUCAACGCAAAUGGGAGUCACAAGCAGCUCUUUGGUCGUGGUCUUUGGGGGGCACUGCUGGAACCGCCCAGGCUGACGAACAGGAUGGGCUUAUUAACCAUGAUCCAAGUAUCUUGA